GGAAAGAAUUGUAAACAAGAGCUAAAAAAUCCUUAAAAUCAACAAGGCUCGAGGAUUUUCCCUGCAAAAUGUCUGUCGAAGUUGCUCAAGCUAAAGAUGCCCUUCCCCCAUCUGAACCUUCUGAAACUUUAGAGGACAUCAACAAACGCCUGCAAAACAUCCUUUCGAAACAAUGUCAAGUCGAAGCUCGUAUUCUCGGCAUCGGAAAAUCCAUGGUGGUUCUAUCGACAGCGCAUUCCGAAACCAAAAAGCUCUCCGAACGCCUCGUCUCGACAGCAGAAUUAGCUGAAAAUGUCAGUGCCAAAGUUCGUCGUCUCGAUGAAGCCCGUUCUCGUGUUAGUGAGUGCCAGCAACGCGUUCACGACUUGAUUGAUUUGCAACUUUGCAGCGAAGGUGUCAUUCAGGCGAUUCGUGAUGAGGAUUUCGAAAAGGGAGCUGCUCACGUCAAUCGUUUCCUGUCCAUGGAUAAGACGUUACUGAAACGUACUGCCGACGAUGUUUCCGAGUCAGUUACUUCCGUAAGUCAAGCUGUUGCAACGUUGGAAAAGGCAGCGGAUCAAAUUCGUCAAAUUGUGACGUUGAAAUUCGACGAUGCCGUGCAACGCGAUGACAUGGCUUCCGUUGAACGAUUCUUUAAGAUUUUCCCUUUGCUUGGAAUGCACGAUGAGGGUAUCGAGAAAUUCUUCAAUUAUAUUUGUACAAAGUUGCAAUCGAGAGCGGAGAAGGAGUUGCGAUCAAGUAUGGACCAAGCAAAGGCGGAAAAGAGAAUGCCGAUAGCCUUUGCUGAUACAAUGACGGUGUUGUUGGAGACUUUAGCUCGUGUUGUGGAAACUAAUCAACCGCUAAUUGAAACUUAUUACGGUUAUGGACGUUUGAGUCAAGUUGCUGUGCUUUUGCAACAAGAAUGCGACAACGAAAUACGGAAAUUAGUGACAGAAUUCAAGAAUAAUCGACAAAUUUCACGUCGAAUUGCUCAGAUAAAUGAUUACAGUAAGGGAAGCAGCACAUCAAACACCAAUGCAGGGCAUUAUAGGAAGCCAUCGGGAGGUUCUGUGGACAAAUUAAGUGCGAAAGAUGUCGAUGUGUUGAUAAAUGAAAUUACAAUUAUGCAUUCAAGGGCAGAGUUGUACAUAAAAUUCAUCAAAAAGAGAGUUAAUAACGAUCUUGAAGCAAGUACCCUAACAGAAGAAGAAAAGGAAGCUCGUCGUACAAAUUUAGAAAAUUCUAUUCGUAAAUCCGGUCUUCGAACGCAGAUGCAAGAGCUUAUUAGCACGUAUCUCCAACUUGAACGCUAUUUCAUGGAAGAAAGUGUUCUCAAAGCAAUUUCCUUAGAUUCGUACGAAGCUGGGCAACAAAACUCUAGUAUGAUUGACGAUGUCUUCUUUAUCGUGCGAAAAUGUAUUCGACGUUCCAUUGGCACGCAAUCUUUCGACGGGGUUUGUGCCGUUAUUAACAACGCCGCCAGCUGCUUGGAUCAAGAUUUCCUCAAUGCCUUGCGAGUGCCUUUAAAAGCCGGGUAUCCCUCGGGAUACAUUGAUCUUGCGCAAGCCUACAAUGCAUUCCAGAGCAGCAUCCAACAAGGUCGCAUUCAAACGAGUGAUGCCGAGCAAGCGAGAACUAAUUUCAUCGUGCAACUCAACAAUGCCGACAAAAGUUUGGAAUUCAUUGAUACUUUGUGGAAAAUGAUGAGUGAAGAGGCUCACAACACAUUCCCCGCAAUUACGCAACGAGAAAACGAAAUUCUUGAAUCAUGUUUGUCGGGCUUAAAGAGUUUUAGUGAUUCAUUAAAAGCUGUUAUCGACUUCGGGAUGCAGCAAUUACGAUCGAGUGCUGUGAAACCUCGCAUUCAUCCGUGGGUCGACCAAUUCCAAUCGCAUAACCAUAUGUUGAGUGAUGAGGAACACGCAAUUUACGAAUCGAGCGAGACUUUUGUGCAAUCCUUGAUUGUGCAACUAGAUGAAUUUUUGAAUUCCUUCAAAUCACAGCUGACCCAAAGCACGUACGAGGCACUUAUUGACAUCGUUGUGACUGACGUGACGGUGAGAAUGGAAAGAGCUAUCAAGAAAUGCACCUACAAUCGACUUGGCAGUAUAGUACUGGAUCAGGAAAUCCGAACUCUUGGAUCAUAUUUUACGAAUAUUGCUUCUUGGGCGGUACGAGAUAAACUUACACGUCUCACACAAAUUGCAACGUUGCUAAAUGUCGAAAAAGUUGCUGAUGUUUUGGAUUUUUAUGAUCCGCUGGAACAAGGUACAACAUGGCGCUUGACUAGAAAUGAAAUGAGAACGAUUUUAGCUUUGAGAAUUGACUUCAAAAUGGAUGAAAUUAAGAAAUUAAAAUUAUAA